AUGGAAUCGCUUCGGGGUAACACAAACGGCGAACGCGACGGAAGGACGCCGGAGGAGAAUCCAGCGAUGGCGAUGGCGUAUCGAAGUCAGUCUCAGCCGCAACCCUCUCAUCAGUUUCAACCGGAGAAUCACGGAGCUGUCGACGAGCAGAGGUUUUGUUACCAGAGUGCUGCUGAUUUGCAAACCCUAGAAUCUUCCUUCGGUUCGCUCUCUGUUAUCGAUCCGAGUGUUCGUCACCAGCAGCAGAAUCCGCCGCUUGACAAUCGCUGGAGCAAUCGAUCGACUCCGGCGGCACUUCCCAAUCACGCGAUCACUAACGGCGGCGGCGGUGGCGGCGGUGAUAAUGGCUAUUUCUCGCCUCGUCUUCCUCCUCAGAGUGUUAACAACUCGCCGCAGAUGGUGAUGAAUCAGUACUCGCAGAGAGUAUCGUAUGGGAACGAUUGUGUUAACGGAGGAUCGUACGGGUACGAACCUAACGGUGGUGGAAGCAACGGUGCGACGCUUAACAAUGGUUUCAAUUCGGGAGACGUUCCUUACCUCUCAAGGAAUCGUUUCUUGAACCAGAGCCCUUUGGAUCAUAACAACAACAAUGGGUUUGGGUAUGGAGUCAACAGCUCUUGGAGGAGUCAUGACCCUAGGGGCUCGAUCUUCUGGCUUGCUAAAGAUCGAACCGGGAGUCUUCAGCUGCAAGGGGAUAUCGAUGGCGGCUCGAAGGAGACGAUCGAUAUGAUUUUCAACAAUGUCAUCUCUCAAAUCUGUGAUCUGAUGGUGGACCCUUAUGGUCAGCUUGUGGUUCAGAAGCUGAUGGAGAAGUGUAGCUCUCAGCAGAUCACUCAGAUUCUUGAUAAGGUCACUCAAGACCAGUAUCAGUUUGUUACCAUAUGCAGUGAUUCUCUCGGGACUCGUACGGUGCAAUCGCUGAUGAGGUGUCUUCACUCCGAGGAACAGAUUGCGAGGAUGGUGGAGAUUAUUAGCAUUGUGGCACAGCUGUUGACAAGGAGCAACAAUGCUAAACAUGUGAUCCUCCAAUGCUUCACCCAGUUCUCUCCCUCGCAGAAUAUGAAUCUCCUUGAAGGCAUCGCUCAAAACUGUUACCGGAUAGCGAUUGAUCAAAACGGUUGCUGCAUGCUUCAGCAGUGCCUUGCCACUGGUUGUAAUCCGCUAAAGCAGCGUUUGAUUCACGAGAUCAUCAAUAAUGCCUUGAGGCUCUGCUUGAACUGCUACGGAAACUACGUGGUGCAGUAUGUAGUGGAGCUUGAAGACCCAGCUGUGACACUUGACCUCGUGAGACAGCUUAGUGGGAACUAUGCGUACCUCUCCCGCAACAAGUAUGGAAGCCACGCUGUGCAGAAGCUGCUGAAGAUAAAGUAUAUCGACUCUAGCUACAUCAUUAACGACUUGCUCAGAGAUAUCGAUACGCUUCUUCUCGACCCGUUUGGAAACUACGUCAUUCAAACCGCAUUGUUUGUUGCUAAGGAUAAUGUGCGUGACUUGUUGAAGUGGCAUAUAGAGAGGAACAAGAGACUGAUGAGGUGCAACAAGUUUGGUACUAAGAUUCUGGAGAAAUUCAAUCUCUAG